AUGGCGGACAAGACUUGGGAGCAAAAGAUGAAGGAGAUCGAGGAAGGCAAGUCGGCGGCCGAAGUUCACCACGAUCCGAACCCGACUCUGAAAUUCUCCCUGUUUGGCGACGAGAAUGAAGAUCCUGGUCCGCCAGGCAAGCGCAAGAAAGCUAGAAGAAAUGGUAGAUCCACACGCGAUCACCAACUUUGGUGCCUAGCUGACUGCCGUUCUUUGUAGAUCCUGACGCCACAGCAAAAAAUCGUAUCCGAUACGGCAAGAAUGGAAAAGGCUGGAGUAUCGAUGAGACCCUCGAGCUGCUGAAGCUCUAUCGCGCCAACGACGAAGACACCCAUGAUGAGAUUGCUCGGCAGCAUUCGAUCGCAUUCCAUGGGCAUGAGAAGAUGCGGACCAAGCAAUCUUGUCGCUUUGAGCUGAACAAAUACGCCAAGAAGGCAGAUAGCUCAAAACUCGAUGCCGAGAUCAAGAAGUUGGAGCAGAGGAAGCUGGAUGAGGAAAAGUCUGGAGGGGAUACCAACAGCUGCGCAGUCGAGGAUUGGAAAAACGCGCUUCUCACUAGGAACAAAAUUAGUGCAUACUACCUCUGUAACAUUACCGCCUUGCGAUACCUAGCGUUUAAUCACACAGUAUCUCGUAGGUUCUGA